AUGUCUAUUAGCUCUAAUAAAGAAGACGAAAUAGCUCAAGUUUCAGAAGAAGAAGAACAACAAGAAGAGUAUGACUCAGAUCUCGAAGAAUACGAUGAGGACGAGGAAGAAACAGAAGACGAUGACGAUGACGACCUGGAUGAGCCCAAGCUUCGAUACCGUCGAGUAGGAGCCAACGUAAAAGAAAUUUUAGAAAAAGAUACUGCCUCCACAUUACGUGUGUCUGAGCGAUUUUUGGCGCUUGGUACUCACUGGGGCGCUGUUCAUAUUCUUGAUUUUGAAGGCAAUGUUAUCAAAAGCUUCAAGAAUCAUUCUGCCACAGUCAAUUCUAUAUCGAUUGAUAAAUCAGAUGAGUUUGUAGCCAGUGCUUCUGAUGAUGGCAAAGUCUUUAUUUAUGCACUUUAUACACCCGAAAUCCAAUCUUUCAAUUACAAAAGACCAGUUAAAUCAGUUGCACUAGAUCCAGAAUACGCUCAUAAAUCAACACGUCAAUUCGUAAUAGGCGGUAUGGCAGAGCAAUUGAUUAUGAGUGAAAAGGGUUGGCUAGGGCACAAAGAUAUUGUACUUCAUGCCAAUGAAGGUCCUAUUUAUGCCAUUGAAUGGCGCAACAAUUUCAUUGCAUGGGCAAAUGAUAAAGGCGUCAAGAUUUACGAUACAACAACCAACAUUCGUAUUACUUAUAUUGAUCGCCCUGAAGCAAGUCCUCGAGCUGAUCUUUAUAAAUGUCGAAUGUGUUGGAAAAACGAUAGUACUCUAUUAAUUGGUUGGGCAGAUACAGUCAAAGUAGCAGCUAUCAAGCCUGUCACAAAUCCAGCACCAGGUCAACCAAGCUAUUAUGUAGAAAUUGUUUCCAUGUUUCAAACAGACUAUAUCAUCAGCGGUAUUGCACCCUUUAAAGACACCCUAAUGCUAUUGUCUUAUUUAUUGGAAGAAGAAGAAGAGAAUGAUGAAGGAGCUUUUCAACGCAAACGACUUGCAUCAAAACCAGAACUUCAUAUCAUCAAUUCAGACAAUGAAGAGAUUUCAGCAGAUGUUUUGGCACUUAACGGGUUUGAACAUUAUCAAGCCAAUGACUAUGUGCUUCAAUUCUUGAUGGAAGAAGAUAUGUUUUAUGUUAUGGGGCCAAAGGACUUGAUUGCAGCACGCUCAAGAGACCAAGACGAUCAUAUUGAAUGGCUUUUAGAGCAUGAGCGCUUUGGAGAAGCAUUAGAAGCCAUAAGAUCAUUCACCAACAGUAAAAAGUUCAAUGAAAACGAUAUUGGCCAAACGUAUCUGAAUUGGCUUGUCAAUGAAAAACGCUUUGAUGAAGCAGCAAAAGAAUGUGAUGGUAUUCUCAAGAAUGACAAGACAUUAUGGGAAGAUUGGAUAUUCAAAUUUACAGAAUUGGGUGAACUGAAAGCCAUUACACCUUACAUACCUAUCAAGGAUCCUCAACUGAGUAGCACAGUAUAUGAAAUUGCACUUGCAUGGUUUUUGAAGAGCGAUCAUGCCACCUUACGCAACACAAUUCUCAAAUGGCCUAGAAAUCUAUACAAUCUGUCCAAUGUGAUUGUGGCUGUGGAAGAUGUCUUGAAGAAGGAUAAAAAUAACGAAACCUUGCUAGAAUGUCUUGCUGAUCUAUACACUUAUAACAAUCAACCUGACAAAGCCAUUGAAUACAAUCUUCGCCUAAGAAGACCUAAUGCAUUUGAGCUUAUUCAAGAAUACAACAUGUUUGAUGCAGUCAAAGACAAGGCAGUUUUGCUAAUGGAAUUUGAUCAACACUUGCUUGAAAAGGAAGAAAAUAAGGCUACAAAACCUUCCAACAUGCCAGCUGUGCAACUGUUAGUCAAGAACACAGACGCCAUUCCUCCUGAAAAAGUUGUGAAGCAAUUAAGAAGAAAUCGUCUUUUCUUGCAUAUCUAUUUAGAUGCUCUAUUUGACCGUGAUCGUCAGUUGGGAUAUGAAUUCCAUGAUUUACAAGUUGAACUUUAUGCUGAAUAUGAUUAUUCUAAGCUUAUAGACUUUCUGCGUGCAAGUCAUUAUAUCUCUUUAGAAAAGGCAUUCAAAAUAUGUGAACAAAAAGAUUUGGUGCCUGAAAUGGUGUUUAUUCUAGGCCGCAUGGGCAACAACAAAAAGGCACUCAUGUUAAUCAUCGAGAGACUAGGCGAUGUUCAAAGGGCUAUUGAUUUUGCAAAGGAGCAAAAAGACGAUGAUCUAUGGGAGGAUUUGUUAACCUAUUCCAUGGAUAAACCAAACUUUAUUCGUGGAUUGUUGGAGAAUGUUGGCACUGAUAUUGAGCCAUUAAGGUUGAUCAAACGUAUUCCAGACAACUUACAGAUUCCUGGCUUAAAGGAUGCUUUGUUAAAGAUCUUACAAGACUACAACCUUCAAAUGUCAUUGCAUGAAGGUUGUGAAAAAAUCUUGGUAAGCGACAGUGUUCUCUUGGCAGACAAGAUGUACAAGGCUCAGAAGCGUGGUGUUCAUUGUACCCGUAAGUAUACAAAGAGAAUCAAAACGAUUGUCUUAUAA